AUGGAGUACUGCCCAAAUGGUCAGUUAGGCGACGUUUUGAAAUCGGACAGGGUUAUAGGCUGGCAAGAAUGGUGUUCUUGGAGCCGGCAGAUCGCUAAAGGCAUGGAAUAUUUACACGAAAACAAAGUCAUACAUCGCGAUCUCAAAAGUGCAAAUAUCCUGUUCGAUAAAGAGGGUGUGGUGAAGAUUUGCGAUUUUGGCACAUCACAUCAACAAAAGAAACAAACUAGUACGGUGAUGUCAUUUUGCGGUACAGUAAGCUGGAUGGCACCGGAAAUGAUUAGAAAACAACCGUGUUGUGAGAAGGUUGAUGUUUUCUCCUAUGGCGUUGUACUGUGGGAAUUGCUAACGAGAGAACAACCAUACAAAAAUAUCAACCAGAUGGCGAUAAUCUAUGGAGUAGGAUCAGAAAAACUCUCACUUCCCAUUCCGGAAACAGCUCCAGACGGUCUGAAAAUGCUGAUGCGACAAUGUUGGAGUAAAACUCCAAGGAAUAGGCCAUCCUUUACCCAGUGUUUGAAGCAUUUGAAAAUCCUCUACGAAGAGUUCAAAGAAAUGGGUGAUGAGGAAUUCUUCCGCCGGUCCGCUAAAUGGCGUGCAGAUGCGGCCAAUAUAGUGUACCCGGCAACGAUCACCAAAGGCGAUGCCUUGAAUCUUGCUGAGCGGGAAGAU